GGGACGGGCUUACGAGCUUUCUGUUUAAGUUUACCAAUACCUGCAAGUUUCAGAGCAUAGAGCUAUCUGGAAUGGAGAUUUGCCGGCUGCCAAAUCAACCGGCUGUUAUUCAUCUCCGGCAGGGUCAAACUGCCGGAAUAUAUUCUAUUAAAACGCCACAGUUUUCAUCCAAUAUUAAAUGCAGUGUAGGUGAAGAAUCCAGCACUAAAAAUCCGGAUUUGAAAAAUCGAAUGUUCAUUCUGGGGAUGGGUUUCGUAGGAAAAUUCUUGGCUGCAGAUUUGAAAAGCAAUGGAUGGGAAGUUACAGGAACUUGUACCAGUACUGCACGGAAGAAGAAAUUAGAGGAAAUGGGGUUGCAUGCGCACAUAUUUGACGCCAAUGAACCACAACAGGAAGUCCUCGAUAUCUUGAAAUUCCAUUCACAUCUUCUUAUCUCCAUCCCUCCAGUUUUGGGUGUUGGUGAUCCGAUGCUUCGGCAUAAAGAAUUGCUAAAAGAAAGACUAAAGGAUGGUAACCUCCAGUGGCUUGGUUACUUGUCAUCAACAGGUGUUUAUGGAGACUCUGGUGGUGCAUUGGUUGAUGAAGAGUUUCCACCUAGCUCGACGACUGAAUUGGCCAAAGCAAGGAUAGCUGCAGAGGAAGGAUGGUUACAUCUGGCUUGUGAUGGAAGGGUCUCUGCCCAAAUAUUUAGAUUGGGUGGCAUAUAUGGUCCUGGUAGAAGUGCUGUUGACACUAUUCUCAAGCAAGAGCCUCUGUCUAAAGGUCAGAAGAUGAGAUUCUCCAGGCAUUAUACCUCACGUAUUCACGUUGCUGACAUCUGUCAGGCUCUUAAGGCCAGCAUACAGAGGCCAUCUCCUGGGCAGAUAUACAAUGUAGUUGAUGACGAUCCUGCUCCUAGAGAGCAGGUAUUUAAGUUUGCUAGGAACUUGGUUGAGGAGAAAUGGCCAGGCCACCUAAUCUUCAACAACUCUGCUGAAGAGGUAAAGUCUCUAAUCCCGCAGGGAGGUUCAAGGGGAGAGAAGCGAGUCUCCAAUAAACGCAUUAAAACGGAACUGGGAGUGAAUCUGCUUUACCCUACCUAUGAAUCUGGAUUGCGGAGCAUUAUUGAACGCAUAGAAGUUCCAUUUGGCGUAAGUUGAUUGCUCUAUCAUCAGACCGGGAAUGGAAGGUUUCCAAUGUAUGUGGUGUUUAGGAUGAAAAGAUUGAGCUAUUAGGAUGAAGUAAUUUUAUCGACGUGAUGUAGCUCAGAAUGCUGGCUGAUAUGACAACUUGUUAUCCUUUUUAUUUUUUUUCACAGAUAAUAAGAUAGUGAUAAUGCAUUGUUGGAGAA